AUGCCCACACCAGUUAUCCAACGACUACCAAUGUUUUUCGACGGCAUGGAAAUAACUGAAGCACGGCCUUCGACCACCCAUCCAACGAUUCAGCCCGAGCGCCCAGUUAAACAUUCGACGUCUUUGCCGAUUCAAGCUAGGGCUGUUUCCAAUCCCGCGAUCUUAGCUGUCCCUUCUCCGAUCUUAUCUCCCGCAACGAUUCCGGCAUCACAAGCGCGGGCGAUUGGUAUUCAUACGCGAGGGGAUAUCGCAAGCACAUCGUUCUUCCGUUCUACCACACGACCUAUCCCAGUUAUCAUGGUACCUAGCCGAAGAGCUCCGCUUGUCCCUGCGCCAUCUCGGGUGGGAUUUAUUGUCAUGCAAAGUUUAUCUACUUACAUCGAACUCAGUUAUGCGUGGAAUUGCGACUGGAUCCAUACAAUGCGGCUCGAUCUUAUCGCAACCCGCAGCUUUCUGCCUCCGUUCUCACUCAGAAAUCCAGUGCAAACUCCUCAAGCGGAGACUCGUCUUCGUCCUUGUCCAGUUUUAUCUCGCUUCAACGCCACCACCAUGGAACCCAAGCCACGGGGUCCUCGCAAACCUCUGGCAGCGGCUCCUCUCCAACAGGUGGAUUCGGCGCUCAACACCGCCGACAACCAGCGAAAUACCCGAUUGUUGGGUUAUGUGGGGUCUGUAUACUUGGGCCACUCGAUGGCGGUACAAGAGUUCUAUCCAGACGCCUCCAACCUUGCACAAUUCGAACAGUUUCUGCGUGCUGCGCAGAACUGGCUAAAUGCACGACCCUCGGACUUUCCAACCGUCUCGGAUGCCGUAUAUGAUGUAUUUUUCAGCAGCAUGCAAGACUACAUAUCUCGUUCCGUCACCCAAAUUUGGACGGGAUAUAGGACAUACAUGCAGUCGCACCUUGCCCCAAGACUAAUUGCCGAGGCCGACGUGCACGAGCUUCUCCGAGGUUACCAAGCUUUUGCACAAUACGAUGACAACGAGGAGGAGGAGGAGAAUUUCGAGGAUGUCGAGGAGGAGGAUGGCGAGGGGGAGAUGACAGACGCAGUCCACUCUGGCGGGACAAUUCAUGUUAACCCCCAGGGUCAAGUCCUCGAGGGCGAGCCGCCUAGUGGCCUCAUAAACGAGGAGGCCAAGGAGCACCGGAAGAAAUUCGUACUCCGUCAUCGACCUGAACACGGCGGUUUCACUGGACGUCAUCUUAUCUUUGCCAUCAAGACGCUGCUCAAAUACCGACUCCUUAGCCCAGUGUGCCCGGAAGCAUUCGAAGAAGUUAUACCGCUUCCGGUGAUUGCGCUCAGUGCAGUCAUGCUGAUCCACGUUCUCCAUACCAUUGUCAACCCAGCGGUGCGAUUUGAGACUUCACGCUACAAAAUGAUUUACUAUGUGAUCCUCGAGCUUCUGGAGGAGACUUGGAAUCAUCCAGUUCAUGGGCUAGCUCUACGCCGCCUCAGCGCCAAAUUGGUCAAAGCCCUCGGGAAAAGAAAACAACAAUAG